GACUGCUGCGUGCUGUAACGUGUGCACACACACAUACACUGGUGCGUGCUGUAACGUACUGCCGCGUGCUGUAACGUGCACGCACACACACUGCUGCGCGCGGGUCCCUCUGCGUGCAGCCUGUGCGUUGCUGCGCGAGUCGUGCGCUCUCCCGACCAUCCCGGCUUUGCGUGUGAACGACUGCACAGGUAGCAAUGCCCCUCUGCAAGCUGUUUGACUGAUACGUCUUACUGCAAAGUAGCUCUCCUCCCAGGGUGAACACAAAAAACACUAAGCCGCAUUACGUCAGGUUUGUAUCCCAUUCGUAGACCAGCGGGUAUAUUUUUACUGGUGUAGGGUCUUUUUCCCCCCCGUGCAGAACGUUUUGUCGAGGCUGGACUUCACGACAGGGCAGGCAAUGUGUGACUGGCGAGUGGACCACCACAGCUCCGGUCAUCGUUGUUAGCGCGAGACUCGGCCAAGUGUGUAUUGAUGUAGUAGGCUCGCAUGCGGCAGACGCGGCGCUGGAAGGUGAAAAAAAAAACCCUCCAGCGCUCCUCGAGACUGUAGGAACACAACCCCGUUUCGUUUGCGUGCGAUGCUGGUGUUGCAUCUUGUAGCGGCUUCAGCAAAGGACGUUGGUGAUUCGUGUGUAGGAGGGACUGCCAAACCGUGUUUGUGAUAUUGCCCGUUAACAUCGCGUGCCUUCUUCGUCAUCAAGGUUCCAACUGCCAACUAUGGGAGUUUUAACCGUUUUUCAGAGGAUGUUCGCCGUGUCAGGGGGAAGCUUGACCAUUCAGCGCUUCGGACUGCUGGCGCUUCCGGUGUUGAUUUUCUUUGACCUGCUGUCCAGCACUGAGGCACAGUCUGAUGGCCAGGCUGGGAACUGUACCACCGAAGCAUCGCCAUGCAAAGAGGGACUUUUUCUGCCCAUGUGGCGACCGCAAGGGAACCUUAGCACGGGGGAUAAGGCCGCACGUGCGACUGUGUACAUGUCGGCCAUGAUAUACAUGUUUCUGGGCGUCUCCAUCGUCGCCGACCGCUUCAUGGCCGCCAUCGAGGUCAUCACCUCCAAGGAAAGGGAGAUUGUCAUCAAGAAGCCCAAUGGACAAACGACGGUGGUCAGUGUUCGUAUCUGGAACGAAACUGUCUCCAAUUUGACCCUCAUGGCUCUCGGUUCUUCGGCCCCCGAGAUCUUGCUGUCCAUCAUUGAGAUUUGUGGGAACAAGUUCGAGGCCGGUGACCUGGGGCCGAGCACCAUUGUCGGCAGCGCUGCAUAUAAUCUGUUCAUCAUCAUCGCCAUUUGCGUCUACUGUGUUCCUAACGGACAAAUCAGACGAAUCAAGCAUCUACGUGUCUUCAUCAUCACGGCCAGCUGGAGUAUCUUCGCCUAUGUGUGGCUCUACAUUAUUCUGUCGUUUAGCUCCAACGGUGUGGUUGACGUCUGGGAGGCUGUGCUAACCUUUCUUUUCUUCCCUGGAACCGUAAUAACCGCCUAUAUAGCUGACAGAAAGAUCCUGAUUUACAAGUUACUAUCUAGAAAGUAUCGAGCAGGCAAAAGUGUCAUCGUUACAACCGAAGGCCUCCAUGACACGGAACUGGUAGAUGGCAAGUUCAAUUAUGUGACCGAGGAGCCCAUUUUCAAAGGGAUUGAUGCAGAAGAUUCGGAAGUGCGAGAGUUCGAGCAGCACAGGAAAGACUUCAUUGAAAUCCUUCGCGAACUGAGAAGAAAGCAUCCUAAUAUCGACAUGAAAACCCUGGAGGAGAUGGCUGAACUUGAAGCGGUCAACAGGGGCCCGAAAAGCAGAGCUUUCUACCGUAUCCAGGACCGUAUGCUCACUGGCGGAGGCAAGGUCAUCAAGAAGGAGAAGAUCGAGCGGAGGUCGAGUCUGCAAGACGUGAAAGUGGACACGAGGGAAGACGAGGAUGUGACUGUUGUCUUUUUCGACCCUGGCCACUACACGGUCAUGGAGAACGUGGGUAGCUUCAACAUCACUGUCUCGCGAGAAGGAGGCGACCUGGAGAAGACCCUCUACGUCGACUACCACUCGGAAGACGGAACCGCGAAUGCUGGCUCUGACUACGAAGCUGUCGAGGGCACCCUGAUCUUUCAGCCUGGGGAGAAGCAUAAGCAGUUCUCGGUCACCAUCAUCGACGACGACAUCUUUGAAGAGGACGAGCACUUUUACGUCCACCUCAGCAACGUGCGAGUCGGGGACGCGGAAGGGAUGUUUGAAAGCGGGGAAGCCAAGGCGAAGCUUACCACUCCUUCUACAGCCACCGUCAUGAUUCUGGACGAUGAUCAUCCGGGUAUCUUCCACUUCGAGACUAAGGAGAUGACCGUCACCGAGAACAUUGGAGAGCUUCUCGUCAAAGUCAUCCGAUCGUCUGGCGCACGAGGACGGGUCGUGGUUCCCUUCCAUGUUGUGGACGGAACAGCCAAGUCUGGCAAGGACUUUGAGUUGGUCGACCCCGAAAUAAUCUUCGACAACGACACGACAGAGCAAUACAUUCAUAUCCACAUUAUCGACGACGAGGAAUACGAAAAGGCAGAAAACUUCUGGAUUAGGUUAGAUGAACCCUACCUCAUCAACAAGAAAGACACAGACUCAGAAAACUCUUAUUCGGAAAACAUCUCUAGAAAUGGCUACGAAGAAGCAGGCAGCGUGUAUGACAAGAACUCCAGUGCCACAUCUGGUGUCUCAGACGACCGCUUGACAGAACUGGGCAGACCCCGGCUUGGAGAGGUCAUCGAGUGCACUGUCAACAUUAGGGAAUCGCAAGAGUUUAAGAGUGUAGUAGACAAGCUUCUGAAAAAAGCCAACGUGUCACUUGUGGUUGGAACCUCGUCUUGGAGAGAGCAGUUUGCGGACGCCAUAGCCGUCAGCUCAGGUGACGAGGAAACGGAAGAAGGGGAAGAAGGAGAAGAGGAGAAACUGCCAUCAUGCUUGGACUAUGUCAUGCACUUCCUCACACUCUUCUGGAAAAUUACUUUUGCCUUUGUACCUCCUACAGACUACUGGGGAGGCUGGGCGUGCUUCUGCGUGUCCAUCCUGGUCAUCGGCGUGCUGACUGCGUUGAUUGGCGACCUGGCCUCCAGCUUCGGCUGCACCAUCGGAAUGAAGGAUGCUGUCACGGCCAUUUCCUUUGUUGCUCUGGGCACAAGUCUUCCAGAUACUUUUGCCAGCAAGGUGGCAGCCAUCAACGACCGUUACGCAGACUCCUCCAUCGGCAACGUCACGGGCUCAAACGCUGUGAAUGUAUUUCUGGGCAUCGGGGUGGCCUGGACCAUCGCUGCCGUGUACCAUGCGAUCAAUGGCAACCAGUUCCGUGUGGACCCAGGCACCCUGGCCAUGUCCGUCACGGUCUUCUGCGUCAUGGCCUUGGCCACCGUCCUCCUUCUGAUCCUCAGGCGACGACCGUCGGUGGGAGGCGAGCUGGGAGGUCCGCGGACAGCGAGACUGGUGACCGCUGGCGUGCUGGUGGUGUUCUGGAUUAUAUACAUCGUCAUCUCCUCCUUAGUGUCCUACUGCUACAUCCCUGGCUUCUAGUUCCGCAAGCGGAGCGUGACGGUUACUGACCUCUACUCACGUCACAGACAAUCAGUGGCGACAGAAAGAACGUCACUUCUCGUUCCGUUACAUCGUACUGUUAAUGCGUGAUUAUUGCCCCCCAUCUCCCCUGAUGUCACUUGUUUACAUUGGCUGUAACCACAGUUCGUUGGGUUUCUGAUUCUGGUGAAAUGUUCAAUGACUGUGGCCACGCAAUGCUUUGCAUCCUCUGUGAUUUUUGAACGCAUGCAAGACUGAUACUGAAUCACUGACUGUGUGUUGUGCUGCCAGUGAGCUGGCAAUGAUGAACAAGACCAAUCCAUUUGAAGCGAAUUGUUAAAAAAAAGUAGAUACCUUGCUUGUUUCCCUUAGUGAACCCUGUCACGACUGAGAGGAGAAUGGCCACUGUAGUUCAUGUAGUUAGAAUGUCUUGCUCUCCGUGCCUUGCCAUCUUGCAGGUACUAGCUGAAUGGCCAGAGCACUAUAACCUUUGACACAUUGUUAAUAUUGGACAUCGUUUAUUUUAUUGUUUUCCUUGCUGGUAAGACGUUUGUUAAAAUGUUAGUCAAACAUUUUCAGCGAUCCAGUAGUUAGGAAACUUUAUUAAGUAUAUUAUUUGUGAUUAAAAACCUAUCUUGUUCUUGACAUGGAAUGACUGUCAACCGCUAGUCCUUGAAAAGAAUGUUUGAGUUGACAAAUGUGCCCUGAUGGUAUGUUGACAAAGGUGUGCUAAUAGUUUGUUGACAAAGGUGUCCUAAUAGUUUAUUGACAAAGGUGUCCUAAUAAUUUGUUGACAAAUGUGUUGCUUUUGCAUAAGACGGAAGAUUGUCUGUUUACUAGCUCUUUUGUUCCAUAAAUAAGACCAAGAUUUUUUGGCUCUUAUAUCUGUGAGCUAGACCUUUAUUCAUUAAUAAAAUUUAUUUUUCCUUAAGCAAUUGGAAAUUUAUGAUGAACUGUACGGUCAUCACUUUUAUCUUCUCCAACUAUGUGUUAGCAAAUACAGAAGUCGGAUUUUCUUGUUAUUCUAUAAAUUGUUUAGGUCCAGUCAAAAUAAAAUUUCAUGAUAUUCAGCAUCAUUGUAAUCUAGAUGAGACAGAAAGAGUUUAUUAUUAUUUUUAUGUUAAAAAGCAUUUAUAUCCUUGCACUGAAUCCGAGCAAGCCAUAGUAUUUUUCUCUCUUUUUCUUCCGUUCGUUAGUAGGUCAGAACUAUCUCUCCUCUUCGAUAAAUGCUGUAAUUAAUUUUAAAUCACAUUUUAAUCAUGCCCAUGUCGCUAGAGAAAUUUUCUUUUUUAUUAAAAUGAAAAAAGACCAAUGUUACAUUUUUUUCAGAUUUUCUCUCAACAUCCGCGAUAUUUGAAUUCUCCAAAUAUUUUGGUGAUGUUAUUUCAUGAAAACAUUGGCAUUUUCAUCGGUUUUUACUUCCAUUCAUGGAAUCAAACCAGUUAUUUGAUGUUAGCUUCAUGAAAGAGUAUUUGAUUUUACUUACAAACACGGAUUUCUUUUAAUGUUUUUAUGAUAUUAUUUAUGACACACGAUUCCAACUUUGGUAUUUAAUUUUUUCCAGCUGAAUGGACAAAACCAUAAAUACGAUGAUUUCAUAAACUAUUCUUUCAGCAUUGAGAUUUUGAAUUGCAUUAUUAAAUGAAGACUUUUAGGAACUGCUACAUUUUUACAUUAAUGCAACAUUAAUAUUCAGAGACUUUUGUUGGAAGUUUGUUUAAAGGGUUUCUGUUUUCUGAUAACUCAAAAUAUUUCUUUCCCCAUCCAUUCUGUUCUCUCUUUAACUCACACUGGCAAAAAUGUCCUUUAUUGUGUAUUCCUGUUCACAUUAUAGUAUUUACAUAGCGAGUGUAUUUUUUCCAUCGUGUGUACAUUCCCAUCCACCCCUUAUUAUAAUGAACUAAAGAUCCAAACUUGUUUACAUUUGUGUGUGUUGCACAAAACACUUCGCAGUCCUUGGCCUGAACUGCAUGGUCAUGAUAGUGGAAAAUGUUUACUGAUUGUUUACAAGGCUGACUGAUUUGGUAUAUAUGUAUGUUAUGUGUAAGUCGAUUUGGUAAGUGAUUUAACUCAAUAUGUGGAUGAAUCACUAUCUUUUACACAAAGAAUUUUAUUUGCAAGAGGUCUUGAUUAUAUAUUAUACAGGAGACAGACGCAGACUACAAACUUCAAUUAUAUCCUGCUGAUAAUGUGUCUUCCCAUCGAUUGGUUGACUAAUUAAAAUAAAUGUUAAAGCGAUAAAUUGAAAUAAAAGGAAAGAUAAAUGGAAAAGAUUCAUUUCGUCGUGCAUCGUAAAAGCUUGCGGGAAGACAGAUGGCGGUAGUACAAUGAAAUAAAGAUAUACAGAGAGAGCAGAGGAAGAACACAAAUAGCAGUGAACAGUUCAUGUUUACAUGUCUGUGUACUUUUGUUUGUGAGUUCUGCACUUGUGUGCUUUUCGUGGUAUAAACACGAAGGUGUCGUAGAUAGAAGGUUCCAGAAAAAAUAUUAUCGGUUAACCCUACUUAACGACCCACCAGACAGAUAAUUCAUUUAUCAAGUAGGUGAAAAGAUGAGAUGAGGUAUAAUUUAACAUGGUUUACCACCUACAAUUGUUUGGCCACUUUGCUGUGAUACCCGUGAACCUUGUAGUGUCAAAACAAUAUUUUGAAACUACAUGAAGUUAAUGUUUCGAAUACUCUAACUUGCAGAAAAAUGAGUUGAACAAAUAAUUUCUAAAAUAAGAAUUCAACAAAAAUUAAUCCAACUGUUACUAACUCUAGUGCAAGAGAAGUAUGUAGAUGGUUGAGUUAUAUUAAGUAAAGUAGGCCAUUGCAAUGCAAAUGAUUUUGUUGGAUGUUUACUUAGCUUUGUGUACACCGAUGGCUAUUGUCGUUGGCAGACUGCAAUGUAAUUCUCAUUUAGAAACAAGGUGUAACAGCAUUUUGCUUUCGUUGGACCUAUGCAUGUCUUUGUUACUUUGUUAUCGCAAAGCUCACCAAACUUUUUCAGUCCGAUUUUAAGCUUCACCAAAAGUUAGAAGCGGAGAAGUAAGGCUAAGACAUCCGCAAGCUUCUUGGUUCUCUGAGAAUUGUGGAAACCCUAUGCAAACCAAGACAUUAGCGAGUCUGUGAGACGAGAGAACAUUUAGCAUUGGCACUCGUUGAAAACAGCACACUGUCUCCUGAUAAACAAAUAAACGAUACCUGUGUGAUAUAUUGUUGUGCUGCAUCAGAUGAUAGAGCCAUCAUUCUAAUUACAAAAUGUGCUUUCCUCAUUUAUUAUGUAUAAUUAAAGAAUUAUUGAAUGUA